AUGUGGGCUGGAAUCAUUGCUUCAAAUUGUGUUGGUGGCCAUACUAUGCCUGUGGAAUUGAAGGUUUCAGUCGCCUUGAACUUUUUCGCCUCUGGGUCCUUUCAGGCAUCAGCAGGAGACCUUUGUGGGAUGUCACAGGCAGCAGCAAAUCAUUGUUUCAAGGUUUUCAUAGAUGCAAUAUUCAGGAGUGUCCAUGAAUUCAUAUCAUUCAGUGUAGACAACACCAGUGAAGCAAACAGAGCCAGAGGCUAUGCUGCCAUUGCUGGAUUCCCCAAAGUGCAAGGGAUCAUUGCUUGUACCCAUGUGGCAAUCAAAGCACCAAUGGGGCAGCCAGGGGCCUAUGUGAAUGGAAAAAACUUCCAUUUGACCAAUGUGCAGCUUGUCUGUAACUAUAGGCAAAGAAUGAUACAGGUGUGUGCACGGUACCAUGGGAGCUGUCAUGAUUCGUACUUACUUAGGCAUUCCCAGGUGUCAGGGAUGUUCUGCACACCGGAAUCUUUGGAUGACUGGCUUCUGGGAGACAAGAAGAGAUGGCUCAUGACUCUAGUCAGAAAUCUGUGCACAGAGUUUGAGAAGUGGUACAACGAGAGCCACACUUCCACCAGAGCUAUCACUGAGCGGACCAUUGGGAUUGGGAUGUCUGGAAUGUUUAGGCGGCACACAGCACAUUCACCCACUUGUGUGUCACUAAUGAUUGUGGUCUGCUGUACAUUACACAAUGUGGCAAUUCAGAGAGGGAAGCCCUACCAGAGGAGGAUGUAA